AGCACUUUUUAGACACGAGUCGUGUCAGGGUCUUUGUACUUUCUUAGAAGAAAUUGCCAGCCCUACCUUUCUUGUUGGUUGAUAUUGACGUAGGCAGCUGCGUAAUCAAAAAUGAUCCGCAAUGAUCUGCGCAGGCAUUGUGGUUUGCAUUUUUCUGUGCGAUUUGUUCUCCCGCGUCUGCCAGUGGAAGCAUAUGAUUUCUUUUACCAGUGUAACACUGGUAAAAGAGCACAAAGAGGAAGACAGCACAAGCACAAGCACUAGUGGUACUGUCUUUGAAUCGGGAUCCAGGUCGGUAGGAGUGCGCGAUGUGGGAUCCGGAUCUAAUCCGGAUCCCGCGUCUUCAUCUCCGGUCAUCCCAUUACAGCGUGCCUCCGAGGGAGGCAAACUGGCGGCAACAUAUACUGUUUUGGAUCCCGUGUGGAAUGCUCUGGAGCCAUCACCCCCAGCGGAUUGGGCCGCGCGGGAAGCAAUGUUUGACGCGCAAUGCCGUAUUUGGUCAUCUGAUGACUUCGCCACGGUGUGGACGCCAGAGGAGCAAAAAGAAAUCUGCGGGGGAUGCGUUAUGGUUUCCAAUUUCUUUAUGCUCCCCCACGCGUCUCGCGGAAGAGGAUGGGGCACAAAAUCAUCAGAAGCCUUUCAGAAGCUGAAAGGCUGCGAGCCAGCUGAUCCAUAUUGCAGCGUCCAGCUUUACUACAAUUCCGCGCGCGAGGCCGGAUGCUGCGUAACCAUAUUACACGAUGGCGCGCUCCCUUCGAAGUACACUGAGGAGAAAGAAACACGCACCAUCCGCUUCGCGCGAGUGGUACUGAAAAAGCACGAUGUAGCCUUUCAGAGAAAUUUCAAUAUGAACGAUGUUCGCUUCUUUAGCAUCUUUGAGUUUGUGUGCGCCCACAAACAGAUCGUUCAGUUUUUCUUCACCGAUUUGUUCGAUGUCAAAGUUGGAAGUUCUCCUUGCAGGAAACUGUUCUCUGAUACCGUGUUCGCUGGUGUGGACGAUAGUGCCAUGUCGUCUCCAUGGUUAAGACGGAGGUUCGAUGCCAUGGGGUCAGAGUACCGACGCUUUUACUCAAAUGUCAUUUCUACUCAGCGUUCUCGCCAGCCAAUGUGGAGCGCUGGGAUUGUCGGGGCGGGUGGCCGACGAACGAUAACAAAACUGAUGGUCAGAAUUUUGGCGGCGCUGUCCGAUCCCAAUUUGGUUCUGCUGAGACAGGCUAAGCUCUCCAAUCGGACCUACUAUCAGGGGAUUAAUAUGGCAGCGCUGAAUUACGUCAUCGAGAGGUUCUACAGGAAUGCCACAGUGGGGGGGCCGCCGCUGAACUCGAGGUACAGAAAAUACGAGCGCAGCAGAAGAGACGUGUGGUUUAUCCAUAAGUAA